CACUGAGCAGUCACAGAUCUGACCAUUCACACGAUGGAACCCCAGCAGAUUGGCACCUUGGCUUGUGCUUGCAUCAGCCUUCUGCUGCUCCUCAUUGCCCUGUGCUCAAACAACUGGCUGGAAAAUUCCUUCAGCCACACUGGCCUCUGGAAAUCUUGUGUUAAUGUUGGGAUGGUUUAUAAGUGUGUUGCACAUGGGAUGAAUGUGAAAGAUUACUACCAUGCUACCCGAACUUUCAUGUUCUUAGGGAUGUUUGCUGGAGCCGUCUCUUGCAUUGGUCUUAGUGGCCCGAUUUUUGGCUUGCAACUCGGCUCCCUCUCCAAGGCCAAGACCGCAGCCAUAGCCAGCCUUCUUGCAGCUCUUUUUGUCAUGAUUGCCAUGGCCGUCUUCACAGGGGAGACAGGAGGAAAGGCCUCUUAUGGAUGGUCUUUUUGCGUGGCCUGGGCCACCUUUCCUCUCUUCCUUAUAACUGGUGGGCUGGCUUUCUGCCUGAAUGCCGCUUGA